UUUUUUGAAAAAUUUGAUUACAUGGGCAAUUGUUUGUCAAGAUCGAAGAGAAGAGUAGCUAAAGCUGGAUUGGAUGAACAAAAUGCAAAUAAUAUUUUCUCCAAGACUUCUAACAAUCAAAUGGUUUGCUCAUCUUAUCAAUACAGAUCUGACUCCAAAACUUUUCCCGAUGCUUUUACCAACAUAAUUGACACUAAUCAGAAAUUGCUUGGGCAGCAGGAGGCAGCAAAUGUAAAUAGUGAUUCUUCCAAAAAUGAGCAUAAUCCUUCCCCAGAAAAAUUAAUUGCAAUGUUUUCUUAUGAAUCUCGUUCAGAAGGUGAUCUCGGGUUUGAAAAAGAUGACAUAAUGUAUCUUCUAGACAACACCAAUCCGGAUUGGUGGUAUGUCAAAAAUUCUAAAGGAAUUCCUGGCUAUAUUCCUCGCAAUUUUGUUGCCUUUCUCAAAACUCCAGAAUCUUUCGAUUGGUUUGCUGGAAGAAUAUCUAGAAGUGUGGCAGAAAGACUUGUAGCUGGGAAACAGUUGCCUCCUGGGACUUUUCUCAUCCGUGAAAGGGAGUCUGACAAUUUAGAAUAUGCUUUGACUAUACGUGAUAUUGACCAAGGAUUGGGGGUUCCAUGUGCAAAGCAUUACAAAAUUAAAGAGGUGGAAAAUGAAUGUGGAUUUUAUAUUACGAAGAGGAUGAUUUUUCCGUCUUUGGAAGCCUUAGUUAGCUAUUAUUCGGACCGUGCCGAUGGUCUUUGUAACAAGUUGACACUUGCAGCGCCCAAAAUGACUCCAAUAGGUCCCGAUUUGUGCUAUGAUACCCAACAAAAUUGGGAGAUUCCUAGACAUGAAGUUCAACUUAUAAGAAGAUUGGGUGAAGGGAAUUUUGCUGAAGUUUAUUAUGGGCAUUGGAGAGGGAAAGUUGAUGUUGCAAUAAAAAUGAUGAAACCUCGAACAAUGAGUUCUGAAGAUUUUAUUAGUGAAGCAAAUACCAUGAAGCAAUGUCAACAUCCCAAUUUGGUUCGUCUUUUUGCUGUUUGUACAAAAGAAGAACCCUUCUAUAUAAUUACUGAAUAUAUGAAAAAUGGAAAUUUAUUAGAUUUUUUGAGAGCAGAAACCAAAGAAGAUAAACAACAAAAAUUAUCUAGUCCUAGAAAUCCGUUGACAAUACAAGAAUUGGUGGUUAUUUGUGCUCAGGUAGCAGAUGGAAUGAAGUAUUUGGAAGAGAGAAAGCUUGUUCAUAGAGAUUUGGCUGCUAGAAAUGUUUUGGUUGGAGAAAAAGUAUCUGGAGUCCCUAUCGUUAAAGUUGCUGAUUUUGGACUUGCAAGAAAGCUGAUGGAUGAUGAACAGAUUUAUGAGGCUCAAACUUUUACCCAAUUUCCUAUUAAAUGGACAGCACCAGAAGCAGCCAUGCUCAAAAUUUUUACUGUAAAAUCGGAUGUGUGGUCCUAUGGAAUUCUCCUUUAUGAAAUAUUUACAAAAGGAGCAGUUCCCUAUGCAGGAAUGUCAAAUUCUGAGGUUCUCGUAAAAAUUGAAAAUGGAGAGAGGAUGAAAUGUCCUUAUAUUUCAAACCCAGACGAUUCUGUGCUAGUUAAACGAAUUUAUGAACAAGUAAUGCUUAAAACAUGGGAACAGCAACCUGAAAAACGCCCAACUUUUGAAGCAUUGUAUCAUUAUUUUGACGAUUUUUUUGUUAGUAAUCAGCCAAAUUACAUUCCAUCUUAA